GGCAGAGAGAGGCGGAGAGAGGGAUAGGUUGGGAUGGAGAUAAAGGGAGGGCUCCAGAAAAAAAGAGUAAAGCCCCCUCCGGUCACCUGAAUGGCAGAGUUUGCACUAGGUUGACAAGUAGGAGGACUACUGCUGUAUGGAGACUUUUCAUUCUGAGCCCUGGAGAAAGAAGAUUGGAAGACUGGACACUAGAGAAGAAGACAAGAGGUGUAUACAGGACAGGUCAUUGUCCAUUUCUUUAUUUACUGUGGUCAAUUGCAGUAUGUUUACUGUUCAGUACACUAAGGCUUACUGGGACUGUGGACAUCACCAGCAACCAGAAGCAGGACAAGAAAUGUUGUAAGAGGACAACUGAGGCUUCUAAUUGGAUGGAAAAUGCACUGAAUGGACAAAAAUGAGCAUAUUUCAGACAGUCAAGAGGCAGUGAGUGGACCUUGGUCAAUGGUAACUUCUCACAAACCACAAUCUGGAACCUGUUGUAGACUUAAUCUCGUUUGAUUGGACUAAACUAACACCUGAUCUGCACUAAAUGAACACCAGGUCCUCCUGGUCUGGACUAAAUGACUUACAGCUUAAGGACCAGGCCAAGAAUCCAUCCCACAAUCCUAAAUGGCAACAUUGGACUCCAUCAAAAACAGCAUCAUAAAAAUGACUCUGGAAGAUCAAAGAUUGGUGGCAAGGCCUGUUAGCAUCUAUUUUUUAAGUAAUUUAAACAAGGAUGGAUCAGCAGAACUCGUAAAACAUGACUUUGAAGAUUGACUCUAAUCACUGGAUAGUUUUAAAGAUAGAACUUUUUAAAACUCGAUGCUAAAGAAUCUAAUGAGGGAGGGGUUUGAUGAUCAGUUGACUGGAUGCAUCAUUUGGGUACAGGCGCUCAUGUCUGAGGAAAGGUGAGGGUACAUGCGUGCGUUUGUGGGCGUGACGCCUGUGGAUGACUGACCUCUGCGUGUCCCCUGGUGGUGGGAUGUUGGCUGUGAAGCGAUACGUGUCAGGGGUUCCAGCCCCGGCUGGGAAGGAGUGGUGUUUUGAGUUCCCGGUGGGGGUGGACUGCAGUGACCCCGAGCCACGCUGCAUAUGGCUGGCGGUUUUAAGGAACGUCAAAGUCCGGCCCAACCGCUCUCGGGUCCCCAGGAGGGACAUGCUGCACUGGCGUCUUCGUAGGGCAAAAGGGAGGAGAGAUGGAGUUCCAUCGUCCAACGAGAACGCUCGUCCACUGUCUGGGGAGGGCGUGGCGUGGAAGGGUCCUCGUACUGUGGUCCUGCAGAAGAACUCUCAGGGCUUUGGCUUUACACUGCGCCACUUCAUAGUGUAUCCGCCAGAAUCCGCCCUUCACACCUCUCUGAAGGACGAGGAGAAUGGCAAUGGGAAAGGGAAUCAGAGGGGGCGUCUUGAGCCCAUGGACACUAUAUUUGUGAAGAAUGUGAGGGAGAAAGGUCCUGCCCACCAAGCUGGGCUUUGCACAGGUGACCGACUGGUGAAAGUGAAUGGGGAGAGUGUUCUGGGGAAAACGUACUCUCAGGUUAUAGCACUGAUCCAAAACAGUGAGAGUGUGUUGGAGCUGUCCAUCAUGCCAAAGGAUGAGGAUGUGCUCCAGUUGGUAAGUGCGUACUCUCAGGAUGCGUAUCUGAAAGGGAACGAGCCGUACACUGGAGGGGCCAGGAACCUUCCAGAGCCUCCUCCAAUAAGCUACACACGCAGCAAACCUGCUACUGCCGGCCAGCCUGACAACCUCAACUGUAGACCAACUGGCCCGGCCGUCCCCUUGGACAACGGCACUGGGGGUGCAGGACACCGCCCGGAUGCGCCAGUCCGUCACGUUCUAGGUCACCACCGAGCUCGCUCCUCAUCCUCAGUAGGUAUCAACCCAUUGGACUUCCACUUCGCCAACCACAAUGCGGCCAUUGCCUCUGCCUCGUUGCCUCACCCACGGAAGAACAGCCUGCCACAGACACGCAGCGACCUGUGCCACCAGGCCUUGUGCGACUGGUACUACAGCCAAGCUGCUGAGCGCCCUGGGCUGCCUGUGUCCUCCCGACACCGCAGUGUCUCCCAGGACAGGCUGGCCGAGCUGGGACUGGCACUAGGUGGGCGUGAAGGCUGGCCUCACAGCGCCUCUCAAGACACUUUGCUUCUGCACUACGGAGCGGCCAUGGGGGCCAACCACUCAGACUCAUACUGGCUGAGCAGGUGGGGGCCUCCUGCCGCCUCCAACCGCUCCUGCUCAGAAAACCUACUCGCUGCUUAUGCUGCGUACGAACAAAGCUAUGGACGUUCAUUAGAGACCCUGGACCAGGCAGCCGCUCUGGUCUCUCCUCGCUACGACAGGUCAGCCUUGCCUCAACACCAGCAGAGCAGCCAGCCUAUCAGGACAGAGGAACGGCCUAACUCAGGCAGUCAGCGGCCACUUGUUUCCGCAACUGUGCCCCCCUCAGGUCGGGGCUCCAGCCAUAUCCAGCAGCAGACUGCCUCUCAAUCUCAGCCUAGACGCGUGCCCACACAGACAGUAGAUGACCAAACCGUGGGCUACCGUAGCUAUAGUCCCUCUUUCUGCCGCAAAGCAGGCCACCUCAUGCAGCAGGCACACUCCUUUAAGGAUUCUUCCUAUGCAGGACCUCACCUGAGCUGGACUUCCACACCCAAAAGCAGCCCCCCAGACAGCUCCAGCACAGCAGCUUCGGGCAGAGAGUCAUCCCCUCUGUCUGUGGCGUCCACCGCUGAGACACAAGAUUCAAAAACAAGCUCGGGAGCUGGAGGGGCAGUGGAGGAGCCUGUUCAAGCUCAGACACAAGAGGUCGUCCUCAGACAAAAGCCCCCCAUUGGCAGGCGCGCACCUCACGCAAUGCGCCACCCCAAUUACUCUCUGCCUGUGGACUCCCCCGAGCAUUCUGCAGCCUCAGCCCCUGCAGCGCGGCAAGGAGAACCCGCAAGCCGAACCAACGGCAGUCUGCAAGCCCUGCCUGUGGAGCAGGACUCCCUGGCGUCUAUUCCCUUUAUAGAUGAACCCACCAGUCCCAGUGUAGACCUGCUUGCCCAGCACGUUUCCGCCUCCUCCGUGGUGUCCAGCGGCCUUUGUCAGGCUCCUGCACUUUCCGGCCGGCCCGAAUCUCCCUCCCUCACCUCCCCUCUCACCCACCUCCUUCACACAGACAGCAGCAACGUCAAGAACAGCCGUCGUUCGUCGUACCUGCUGGCCAUCACAACCGAGCGCUCAAAAUCAUGUGACGAGGGUCUGAACACGUUCAGAGAGGAGGGCAGAGUAUUCUCGAGAUUACCAAAAAGAGUCAAAAGCUUUUUUACAGAUGGGUCCCUGGAGAGUCUGCGAGCAGCGGAGGAGGCACGCUCCAAACGCCACUCCACCUCCGAGCUGGGCAGCAUCACGCUCACAGACAUCAGGAAGGAGGGCUGGUUACACUACAAACAAAUCCUCACAGAGAAGGGAAAGAAAGUGGGCGGUGGCAUGCGGCCGUGGAAACGGGUGUACUCCGUGUUGCGCACCCAUUCACUUUUCCUCUACAAGGACAAGAGAGAGGCGGUGCUCCACAGCGCCGGGUCGUUAGGUCACGGCCACAGCAAUCAGUCGGAGGAUGAACAGCCAAUCAGCAUUCGCGGGUGCUUGAUUGACAUCGCCUACAGUGAGACGAAGCGGAAGCACACUCUGCGGCUGACCACGCAGGACUUCUGCGAGUACCUACUGCAGGCGGAGGACAGGGACGACAUGCUGAGCUGGAUCCGUGUCAUCCGAGAAAACAGCAAAACUGACAAUGAGGAGCUGGGAUUUUCCAGACAGGCUCUUAUCAAUAAAAAACUGAAUGACUACAGGAAACAAAGCCCAACAGGUAACAAGCCGGAUACAUCUCCAAGAGUCCACCGGAUGAUGCAGCCGUUUCUUCUGUCCAAGACGGAUAACACCUCCGGAGCGAAUCGUGCCCCCAAAUCAGACGGCAAGGAGGAGAGCAGUCCUCCUAAGGCUCCGUGGAGCAUCAACAUUAUGAAGAAGGGAAAGAAAACGGGACCUAAGGCCUUUGGAGUCAGGUUGGAGGAUUGCCCGCCGGGUGCCAAUAAUAAGUUUGUUCCUCUGAUUGUGGAGAUCUGCUGUGGUCUGGUGGAACAAAUGGGUCUGGAGUACACGGGCAUUUACAGAGUGCCUGGAAACAAUGCAAUGGUCUCCACGUUACAGGACCAGCUCAACAAGGGCAUGGACAUCAACACUGCUGAAGAGAGAUGGCAGGACCUGAACGUAAUCAGCAGUCUCCUGAAGUCUUUCUUUAGGAAGCUUCCAGAACCUCUUUUCACUGAUGACAAAUACAAUGAUUUCAUUGACGCCAACCGGUUAGAAGAUGCAGGAGAUCGACUGAAGACCAUGAGAAAACUGAUCCGUGACUUGCCUGAUCAUUACUACCACACACUUAAAUUCCUGAUUGGUCACCUGAAGAACGUGGCUGAUAAUUCGGAAAAGAAUAAGAUGGAACCCAGAAACCUCGCUCUGGUGUUUGGCCCCACACUGGUGCGUACCUCAGAGGACAACAUGACGGACAUGGUCACGCACAUGCCUGACCGCUACAAGAUUGUGGAAACACUCAUUCUGCACUUUGCCUGGUUCUUCAGUGAUGCACUGGAUAAAGAUGAGAAGACCCCUGAGGACCAACGAGACGAGCAGCCAGUUCCAAAUAUUGACCACCUGCUCUCCAACAUUGGCAGAACAGCACCACUGGGGGAUGCCUCAGAUUCCACCAACAGCGAUUCAGCUAAAUCCAAGGGAUCUUUGAGUUCAAAGAAAGACGUGAGUGCCAAGGACUUUCUUCCCCUGUCCAUCAUAUCAGCCGUGACCCGGAAGAGAAAGAAGCACCAGAGCGCCUGCCCUGCGGACAGCAGCAGUGACGAGGACUCUGAGCACGAACCGGUGAAAGCCAGCAACUACAGAGAGCUGGGGGAGGGAGGGGGGAGUGACGAGGGGGACGGGGAUGCAGGGUGUGCUCCUUUAAACUCAGAAAAUCAGACCAAAGAGGAGGUGGAGGAGAAUGGAGGAGAGCAGGUCAUGGGGUCACAUGAAGAGGCGGGACAGGAAGUGGGGGGAGCAGAGGAUGCAGCUUGCCAGCAGGAGGAGGAGGAGGAUGAUGAUGAUGAUGGUAUACAGGUGGACACAGGUCCGAGGGCACAGCCGCGUCCUCGUAGCUUCCUCUACUCACACCAAAGUUCCAUAGGUAUAAGAGCCACAGGCAGUCCUGCUAGCCCCUCCUCUUCCUCCUGCCCUAGCAGCGCUCACAGAACUGGUCAGACAAACCCUGUGACCAGGAAGAAGCUCCGCGGAGAAAGGGUUCGCCCUCGCUCUCUGUAUGGCGAGGAUGUGGGGAUGGAACGGGCCGCUGUGGGACUGUCCUGGGUCAAAGCCUCACUUGUCCGGGGGCAGGAGAGGCUGCUUCAGGCCAUGUCCCCCAGCCGCGAUCCCUCCGUCCAGCAGGGAUGGCUGGGCCAGAUGCAGGCCAACCUUCUGUCCUCGGCCAACGACCUGUGGAGGUCAGGUGCCCAGCGGCGGCACGGCUCCCCAGAGACAAGACGCAGGCGGAGAGACUGGAGGCGCCACACUGUGGUGGGCAGCGUGCCGGGGGAAGGCUGACAAAUCACAUGAAAGCACCCUUUAAGCUAAUAGAUUAACCCAGUUGCUCCUGAAACUGGUCCUGCAGAACCUCAGGGCUACACAUUUUAUUCAUUAUCCCUGCUCCAACACUCCCAUAUCACAAAAGGAAGGACAUGUAAUAACCUAGUGUUUUCCAAUCUAUUCUCUAUCUGCUGCAUCCGUACCACAGCCUCUCCCACAGACAAUUAUUUUUAUGUCUGUCCCUGCAAUAAGAAAUGAACAGCAAAUCUACCGCAUUAGACAGUUGCUGAAUUCCAUCAGAAUACAUUUAUGCAAAAUUUAGAAUGUGUUUCUAAAUUAAGUUUGAGUCAUUUAUUUUGACAUAGACAUAGGACUGUUUUUCCAAAGAAGGAUUUGUUGUCCUUGUUACAAGCGAAGUUAUGUAGGUGGGGUUUCCUUAACCCACCUGAUCUGCAUGAUAAAUACCAGAACACCAUAUUGAAAGCAAAAGUAGCCUGUGAAAAAACACCCAAACUGCUAUUUGUCAUUUAAGAGAGAAGAUAUGAUCAAGAUUAAUAGAACAUAUGGCAUCUUAAAAGGUCCAUAUGAUACACUUCUGUAGUCACUUUGUUUCAACAUUUUAACAAGUCCUUAUAUGGUUUUACUUGGCAAUUUCCCAACCUUUUCAGCCAAAUCUGUUUUAUUAUUACAUUUAUUUUACUGUUUCUUUAAGUUCCUUGGAUAUACAGCUCUAAAAAAAUCAAGAGACCACUUCAGUUUCAGAAUCAGUUUUUCUGAUUUUGCUAUUUAUAGGUUUAUGUUUGAGUAAAAUGAACAUUGAACAUUGUUGUUUUAUUCUUUAAACUACAGACAACAUUUCUCCCAAAAAUCACAAAAAAUAAAAGUGUUGUCAUUGUGUUGUCAAAUAAUGCAAAGAAAACAAGUUAAUAUUCAUAAAGUUUUAAGAGUUGAGAAAUCAAUAUUUGGUGGAAUAACCCUGGUUUUUAAUCACAGUUGUCAUGCAUGUUGGCAUGUUCUCCUCCACCAGUCUUACACACUGCUUUUGGAUAAUUUUAUGCCAUUCCUGUUGCAAAAAAAAUCAAGCAGUUCAGUGUGGUUUGAUGGCUUGUGAUCAUCCAUCUUCCUCUUGAUUAUAUUUCAGAGGUUUUUAAUUUGGUCAUCAUUUUUAAGUGGUCUCUUAUUUUUUCCAGAGCUGUAUGUAAGUGUAUGUAAGUGAGCUCUAUUCUGAUACUGGCUUGAUACCCUCAUGUUCUGGUUUCACCUCCACAAAAAAUGGUAAGAGCAGACGUAUGGAUGUUUGGCAGGAUGUUUUUGAAAUGAUUGCCUUCAAUCAUAGAUGGAGGUCCUCUCCUUUGGAAAACAGUGGAUAUAAGUAAUAUGGUGCCCCACAACACUCUCAUGUCCGUUUGUGUUGUGUUCGAAGGCUUGUUAGCUAUGGCAGAAUGUUGAGUUAGCAUAGCUAGCCUAGCAUAAUUUAUAAUCAGUGUAGACAGCAGGAGCCUAUUUAAUUAGAAAUUAUCUGAAAUAACUCAAUAACUCAAAGAAGAAAACUUAAAACUUAAAAGUGGGUGUGGACGAAUAAGGUGGAUAGCUUUAGCCUGAACAGAUGGGGCUACAUUGUUUAAGAAUGAAUAGUUGGGAAUGUUAAUUAAAAAAAUAAAUCAUUUAUUUAAAAAGAAAUAAAAAAGGAACAUUACGUUUUAUUAGAUCUGGGCUGUCCAUUUCAAACAUUUACUCUGUAAAGGUCACUCUUUAUUUUCUGCUCAUUUCUUAAUAAAGAGAGCUGUGUUAAAAUGACAAUUUGUGGUUAUAGGCAGACAGAGAUUAGAUUGACCAAUUUUUUUUAGUUGGAUUGAAAAUGUUGGAGCAGGGAAAACACAAAAAUGUGCAGGCCUGGGAUCUUCCAGGCCCUGGGUUUUAGAGUCACUGCAUUAACACAUGAACAAGCCUGUGCCAAGCAGAUCCCUUUAGAUGAGGAAACGCAGUAGAAUCUUCACUCCACAAAGAAGUCUGUUGGUUCGAGGUUCAGUGGAAGCCCUAAACUGAAGAGAAUAAGCUUGACUGCAGCCGAAUUAAUUGUGGAUAUUAAUUGCAAAAGUGCAGCAAUGCUGAAAAAAAAAACAACACGUUUCGUGCCACAUUUAUGCAAUAAAGGCUUAAGGCCUUCCAGCAUACUGCACUGGUUGCAAUAAAUAACCUGAGCCCUUUUCCGGCUUAAUUCCACUCCCCCCCACCACCACCACCACUAUCCCGCUCCCCCGACACUGGAGGAGGGCACUUCAUGCCAAAAGCUGCAGAGAGAGCAGGAUCCUUGUUCCAUAUGAGCUAUAAGACUUUGCACUGCACCUUAUCAGCAUUACCAACAGAUAGCACAAAACGACUCCCACACUCAGGUGCACAACCAGCAUUCAAGUGGAUUGAAGGGUGAAAGGCCUCGUACAGUUAUUUGUACAAUUGUUUUGGCAUUACAGAAUUUUAAGGUUUAAGUCUCUUUCACGAAGACAUGACUUGCUCUCCACCAAACAGUCUUCCCUUGUAUGAGUGUAGAUGACAGUAUUACAGACCCAGCGAUUCUGUGGCGAAAAAAAAAAAACUCCACUGGAAGGCUGCAUUAACCUCACCUUAAGCUCCCGAAUGCCAGCCUAAUCUCAUGUUCUGUUGAUCUACAGUACUUGUUCUCCCCACGGCGGAUUUGAUGAGCUGCAGCAGCAGACGGUUUCCGAGUUCCGCUGUCUUGAUCUAGACCACAUAUUACUGCCAACUCUGUCCCCCCCUGUGUGUAACAUGUCUGUCCUCUGUGUGGUCAUGGGUCAAACCUGUUGUUGCCCUGUGCACGUAUGUUCAUACGCUAUGUGGGUGCUUGUGUGGACCAAUUUUUUUUUCUUUUUGUAACAAUUGUACAAAGCCUUGCUAAGUUAACCUUUGUGUACAAAUGAUACAUAUGAUAAUAAUAAUAUAAUAUUUGUUUUGAA